GAAAUUAUUCUCGUACUGUUACAAUGAAUUCACAUAUUGUUUUCUUCUGUAUUUAUUUUUCUUCCUGAACUCGUUUUUUUUGUUUUGCGUAAUUUCAACUGUCUGGAUAAGUGUCAAAGGCCAACGACAACUUGUUACUCUUAUUUUGUUGUUGCUAGGUUCAUACUAUUUUCAAGUAAAAAUUGCAUUUUUUGUGUCAGAGGUGAACGUGUUGGGUAGAUAAAUUAUAUUUGACACUUUUUUUUAAAUAACAAUAUGAGUUCUGCACAUUUAGGUUUAGGUUCCAAGUGCCCCCCGGCACAUAAGUGCAAGUUAAGGCUCUACAGUAUGCGAUUCUGCCCGUAUGCCCAAAGAAUUCAUUUGGUUUUGGACGCGAAAAAAAUCCCGUACGAGGUGGUGAACGUGAACCUCACACAGAAGCCAGAGUGGCUGUACUCCAAGAGCCCCCAGGGCAAGGUGCCAGUGCUGGAGCUGGACGGAGACUGCCUUCACGAGAGCGCCAUCAUCGCGGACUACCUGGACGACAAGUACCAGCACUGGCCGCUGCACCCCCGCGACCCCUGGAAGAAGGCCAAGGACAAGCUGCUGCUGGACCAGUUCAACAAGGUGGUGUGUCUCCUGAUGAGGAUGCUGCGCAGCCCUCGCAACAUCGACAAGCUCUUCAUGGAGGAGCUGAUGGAGGAGCUGGAUGUGUUCGAGGCCGAACUGACAGCGCGGGGCACGCCAUUCUACGGAGGCAGCCGGCCGGGCAUGCUGGACUACAUGAUCUGGCCGUGGUGCGAGCGCUCCGACAUGCCGCGCAUCGUCGUGGGGGACCGCUGGAACCUGCCCAAGGAGAGGUUCCGGCACCUGAUGGAGUGGCGCGGCGCCAUGAAGGACGACGAGGCGGUGAAGAAGAGCUUCCUGGAGUCGUCCGUGCAUGCCAAGUACUUCAUGAGCGCGCAGGCCGGCUCCCCGGACUACGACCUGCUGCUCCACUAGGAGCUGUAACCUGCUUCGGUAUAACAUUAUUUACCUUUCAAAAAUUAAAUAUUUUAGACAAAAGUAAGGGAGUUUUUAAAAUACACGUGGGGACUUUUGAGGCUGAUACCUUAAGACCUAUCACUACGGCAGCCAAGCUCAACCUCUGGUACUUUGUCUCUUCUGGAAGAAGUAGCAUGUAUUGCUUUAGCCGUGCCAGCCACGGUUGUUUCGUGACGGUUGCUCCUUUCAUCUGGGCUCCCAGAAGAGUACGGAGACUUCUUUUUGUCUACAAAAUUUUGUUGUCUUUGUGGAACUCGUUAACUUUUGUAUUUAAUUCAGUUUUAUUUUUUAAUUUAGACAUAUUUGUAUAAAUAAUUUAUAUCUAAUACUAUAUUAUGUUUGAAUAUGUAUUUUAUUUAAAAAUUUUUCUGGGAUAAACAAGAUUGUUAAUAAUUAUUGAAUGCUUAAUUAACCGUAACAUUUGUUGCUACCAAAAUAGUGGAGAUUAUUGAGCUGAAGAGAAAAUGGUAUCAAGCAUUAAGCAUCAGCAUUAUUAUAGUAUUAACCCAACUCUAGUUCAAGACCAUUUUGUGCUCUGUAAACACCCAUAAAAAUAUACGGAUAUAAUAAAUUUACGUAAUUACAGCCUUGCACACGUUGAAAAUAACCCUUAUUGUUUAUUUUUUAAGCUCUAGAUAAUCUGUGUGAAUAUCAGAUUUUUAGUUCGAAUCGAUUACGAAUACAUAUAUCAAAUUAUUCUCGAAUACAAAAUCGAAUUUAAUAGUAAGAAUUAUAAUCCCACUAAAUAUUUUUUUCACAUAUAACAAAUACAUAUUGAAAGAUAAAGUAAAUUUGUAGUGUAAUGGCUUCUGGAAAAUUUGAUAAAUAAUACUAAAGUGAAAAGUUUGUUAGGUUAAGUCAGCUACAAUUACUAUUGGUAAAAUUUUGUUUCAUAUAUUCAAUAUUUGAAAGAAAAAUUUAUAUAAUUUAUAUAAUUAUUUUUCAUAGUAAUCAAAAUAUGAUCUGCAAAAAAAAUUAAUAAACAGUGCAAAGUGAAUAUUUAAGGCAAUUGCAGUAUAUAUGAAGUAACUUGAAGAGGGUGGGUCUAAAAAGAUUAUUCAGUGAGCAGUUUUAAUCUAUAGUUAAAUAUUAUGUAGGCAUAAAAAGAAUUUAAACUUGUUUCAAUUUUUUAUUAUGGAAAAUAAAUCAUUAUUUAUAUUAACAUUAAUUUAUGGAUUAUAUUUUUUUGGCUUGUUUUAACUAAACCUGCUUAGAAUGUUCCUCUCUUUUUCUGUCCAGUGUAUGUUGCUUGGUAAAAGAGGCAAAGUUUUUUUCCCCCACUUAGUGUAUUUUCACACUUUUUUCCAACCAUUUGGUAUCUCUGUAAUUGAGCAGAACAACAACAGUAAUAAAGUCUUCAAUAUUUUGUGUCGUCUGAAUAUUGAAAAAUUGUAGGUGGUUUGACACCAUGUACAAGUGGCUAUUGAACCCACACAACUAGUGCUAGGUUUUCAUCCCUGUGUUUACAUCGGGAGCUUCUCGGUGGCCAGGAAGGUCACGGGUUCGCACCCAACAGCCCGGAAUUACUCCACUUCACGGGCACUUCGUAUUCGGAACCCAGUGUCAUCUUAGAGGGUGUUAUUAAUGCUAUUAACAUUAACGUAAGCUUUUUUAAGUUUAGUUGAUUACAAAUAAUAUCAAUGAAAACCUGCCACAGUACAUGGAUUCAGACGUAAUCUUUAUCUGGGCGUUGAGUCAGCCAUUGUCUUUGGGUGCUGGGUGGCCUAACCUCUAUUUUGUUUAUUAAAAAUGAAAAAACAGAGCUUUAUAUAUAAUAUAUAUAUUUUUUUAAGUUUGGUGUUUACUACCAUAAAUGUAUACUGGACAAGUAGUGGAGAGUCGAGUUCUAAGAGUUAGUUUGAAUCUUGGCAAACCAAAUACAUACAUCUUAAAAAAUAAAAUAGUGGAAUCUUUUAUUUCUUUGUCAAUUAUAAAGCAAGUGGCAUAAUUUUAAACGUGCCACUUGUGUUGUAAACACUGCAACAGGUAGCCUAUUUUAAAUUAUUAUUUACAUAUUUUUUGAAAAAGCUUUUGUAAUUAAAUACAACCAAGGUUACUUUUUUUAAAAUUCAAAAUUCACUUUAAACACAAUUUUGUUACUACAAAGUUAGCAGAAUAAAAAAAAUUAAGAAAAAUGUUUUGCCAUUAUUUUUAAACUUUGUCAAUUUGUUUAGCUAAUUAUUAUAGUUCAGUUAACAGUCAACAAUUUCUUAAAUCACCUUUAAAAAAAUUGGACUUUGUGGGUUUUUUUAAAAUUAAGUUUCAAGAACAGUAUAUGUUGCUGUAUAAAUGAAUUUAGCCUUGCUAAUAAAAAAUUAAUCUGUGAAUGUUGUUUCCCAUGUUGUAUUCUGUAUAGUAAUACACCAAAGCAAAAUAUGACAUAUAUAGGACUUCAAAACUAGUAUUCGCAUAUGAUUCGAAAAUGUUACAAUUCAAUUUGAAAAUAUUUGACUAUCAGAAUCCACUAUUCACAUACCCGUAAUAUUAACCCUGUGCACUGAGCAGUAGUAAAAGUAAAAUACUUAUAUAUUUAAUAAUUUUACUUUUUUUUUUUCAUCUUAGCAUAACUUUUGAUGUAGUAUUCCAAGUGUUAAAAGGACAUAAAACUCAGUUCUGUUCACGACAUAUCAUAAUAAAAAGAUAUUUUUUAAGUUUUUAACUUUCAUAUACACAGUGUACCAUCGGUCAGACUACAGGUUUUGUGAAAUGCCGGUUGGUAGCACCAGGAAGUUGAAAUUGGACAAUGAAAACUGUUUUUCAAGACCUACUGCACACUUUAACCUAGAAGUGAUGAAACAAUUUAGGUACAAACUCUGCAAAUUUUACUUGCGUGCCAAAGAAGCCAAAAUUCUUUCAGUAUUGAAGUACCGUUAGCUCAGUAGCCAGGCGACGUGUGGUUGGUAGUUGGCAGUCGGGAAUGGCGUGUGGGCCGAGUGGAGGGAGAAGACACUAGAUGGUGUGUAGGCUCUAGCGGGGAAGGGAAGGGAAGGGGUGGAACGGUACUAGAGGUUCGGCAACGUGGCAGAUGCUGGGACUCAUCACAAGGAAAGGAGAUGGUGGAGAGAAUCAAUUUUGAACUUUUACCUUUAAGUGUAAAUAUUGAAUAAAUUUUGAGGCUGAGAAUGGUUGUGAAAUAAGAAAACUGUUGUUGUUCACUGUAGUGCUUCAGGUGUUAACUCCCAGCUUCCAACAGCACCAGACUUUUACAGCAACUAAAUCAAGAUGUUACUGUACGGCUAGGCAAAAGUUAAAUCAUUGAAACCUUCUGAUUUAACAUAGGUACACUGGACCUAAUGUCUAUACAGUUAGAUAUUACUGUCAAUGCAUUUUUAUAACAGUAUUUAAAUCUCCUAAGCAAUUUAAUUAUGUAAUUUCGUGGUAAGCUUUUACCAAACAAGGAAUGCAAUAAAUAGCAUGAAAAUCAGUUUUAAGUAUUAAAAAUAUCACUAUAUCAAACAAAACAAUUACGUAGUAGUUUUGGUUCCUUUAAGUUUUCAUAAUGAAGCUUUACUGUACGAGAACAAUGUGAAUAUUGUUCCGUGAAGGUUUCAAUAGACAUUGCAUUAUAAAAAUAUUUAUGUCGUAUCAGUUCCAGCUUGAAAAUGUUAUAUUCAGAUUGAGGAAUUUUGUUAAAAUUCUGUAUAGUAGAAAAGAAUGUAAAAUAAUUAUUGACUGUUGGCUUAUGAUGUUUUGUGUGUAUGAGUAUGGUUUGAGAUCAUUUUGUGACACUCACAUUUUAACUGCUAAGCUUGUAUUUUUUAACAAGUAUAGUUCUGCUAUUUUGGUGCUUUUGAAUGAUUUUUCAUAACUUUGCAUUUUUAAAAUAAUAUUAAUGUAGUUCAUUACAUAUUUUGUUACUACUAAAUAGUAAAAAAUAAUAAUGUAGUACAUAAUAAAAUAUGCUGAAUGCUAUGUUUUGUGUGUUUUUAUGUUAUUAUUUUGAGCAAAGGCAUCCAUGUGUCAAGUGUAUAUUAUGAUGGCUUUGUGAGAGUACAAAUGUAACUUUUGAUGUUUCAAGUGUAUAAUAUGAUGGAUUUGUUAGAGUACAAAUGUAACAUUGAUUCACUUAAAAUAUACAAUUUUUCUGUAUUA